AUGGCUACUAUCAUCAAACAACCGUCUAUAACAAUUAAAUGUUCAAAACCAACGAAAAAUGUUGAACCUGUAGUAUGUAUGGCUGUUGAAUCGAAUACAAAGCAAUGGCCUACUAAUAUGAUAUGGUUCUAUUCGAAUACUGCAAACUUGUCGAAAGAUAAUUUUAUGCCAUCUAAUCAUUUACAAACUACUCUAUCGGAUACGCUCAAUUAUUUUCCCAUGUUAGCUGGUCGUAUUAUUGAAGAUGCGAAAGGCAAUGUCACUGUUCAUUUAACAAAUGAAGGUGUUCUUUAUACCGAAGCAGAAUGUCCGAAUCAAACUAUGGACUAUUUCAUACCUCGAACGCUUUCGGACGAAGAAUUUGAUUAUGAACAUAUCAAUACAAGUAAUUUAGUCUUGAAAGUUUCCCAUUGUUUCUUUGAUCCACAUGCUAUGUCACAUUUCAUCAAUACAUGGGCAUCGGCUAAGCCACCAGAACCAAUGCCAAUGUUCGACAAAACUUUUGUUUUAUAUCCCACUGAAGAACAACGACAAUGUAUCAGCUCUCUAACUCGACCAAAGGACUGCGUUUUCAACCGUGAUAUUAAUCAAUCUUCUGAUUCAAGAUUCACCGAAGCACAACAGCAACAGCGUGUUAUUUGCAAAGUUUAUUUUUUCUCUACUGAUGAAUUAAAAAAUCUAAAAAAAGAAGCAUCAAAAUCUCUACCAGAAUCAAUCGAUUAUAUCAGCACCUAUGAUGCUCUUUAUGCACAUAUGAUUUUAGUGAUUGCUCAAGCGACUCAAACUUCAUUAACUGAUAAUAUCAAAAUUCUACAAUCAUUCAAUGGUCGAUCGCGUUUCGUUUCUUCGUGUUCACCAGCCGUUCUCAAUUACUUCGGUUCAUUUCUAUUUUGGCUCUAUGGUAAAAUACCAUCAGAUCGAGAACCAACUCUUUCAUCAUUAGCACAAAUGAUACAUGAAAUGUAUUCCAAACAAACGGAACAUUCAUUGAGAGAUUAUAAUGCUUAUUUAAAGAGUGGUGAUGGUGAUAUAAAAAAGAAUCGAGUAGAUGCUGAUGUAAUUAAUCGUGAUUUUCAUUGUGCAUCAUGGCGAAAAGUAAAUCUGUUAGGUGCCAAAUUUGGUAAUAGCGGAUAUCCUAUUUACAAUGGACCAACAGAUGUAUUGUAUCCACGAUAUUUUGAAAUGAUGGAUGCACAUGUAAAUGAUGAAUCGAUUAAUAUUAUAUUAGGAUUGAGAGAACAAGAUUAUGAACGAAUGAUACAACAGAAUUUAAUACAUAAAUAUCGAUAA